GAGCCGCUAAUCACGAAGAAUGGUGCACACACGAAGCCGGGGUGCUCCUCUGGAAUCCGCAUCGACCAUCGAACAUUUCCAACCAAAACGGCGGUUUUCUCACCACUGACAGCUGUGUCACCUCCGUCGCUUUUCACCCCCAGAGGGCGUCGGUUUUGGUGGCAGGCACGGUGCACGGAGACAUCCUGCUCUGGGACAUGCAAAACGCAAGCGAUCAGUGGGCCUCGUCUCCAACAGUGAUGCAUGACAAUCACCGAGACUUGGUCAAGUGCACUGACUGGAUCGGACACGCUCAAGAAUCGAACUGCCUGCUGAGCUGUGGGUUGGACGGCCUGGUUAUCCAAUGGAGGUACGAUUCCCGAAAGAGUCACCUAGAAGCCAUCAACUACUUCUUAGUGCUUGCCGAAAACGUACGACUCCACAAACAGAUUCCCAGCGGAGCAAGCGGCGCACAUGUCGGAGUUACGUCGCUUGCCAAGAACAAUUUCGACGACGAGGUCUUCGUGAUGGGAACUGAAGGAGGCGGAGUUCUUCAGGGAUCGCUCAGUCUGUCGAGGCCGAUAGCACCCGUAGUCGAUGGACACGCGUCGCUAGAGCGCACCUACAGCUGUCCCGUCGUGGCAAGAUUCCCUCCCCACCGUGGUCACACGCUGGACGUCCACUCGUCUCCCUUCGAAAGGAAUGUGUUUGCGUCAGGAGGCAUCGACAGAGAAGUCAAGGUGUACAGCCUGCUACAG